AUGGCGGCGUCCGCACAGGGCAAGCAACUCGUAGCAAAGCGCCAUGAAGCAGCCUCACCGCAACUCCAAAGAGACGGAAACCCUUAUGUCCAGAUGGCUGCUGCGAACCCAUCUCACGACGAUCCACGCAGUCAAGGCUAUACCUUGGUAGCACGCACCGUGUUUGAGUGCAAGGAAGAUAUGGACUUUUACGACAAUGAAUGUGAGGCUCACAAAGCCAUCAAGGCUGUGCUGAAGCCGGUCGUUGCUGCACCACCACUAGUAGUGUAUAUGGACGCUCAGUUCGAGAAGGUUUCCUAA